GAUCAUAUCUUGCAAAACAAACACGGCAUAUAUGGAAGAGAUGAACAGCAAAAAUCAAUCCUUGGAAAGAAACAGACAGACAGCGGUGGUAAAGAACAGACAGACAGGCAGACAGACAGGAAAGCAGUAAGGUAAUGAUGAGUGAUUUGCAAAAUCUCAGAGAAGUCCCCCCAACAAAAAAAAAAAAGAAAUUUAAUUUAAGGUCAAGAGAGCAGCAAGCAAAAAGAUAAUACCCUUUCUCCCCCGGACUUCAUUUUCCCCAGCUUAGGAUCAGGCUUAAGCAGAGUGCCAAAUUCUUCUUUGCCAUUGCUUUUGCUUCCGAAAUCGACCGGUCAAAAAAUGGGUGGCCAGUGCUCCAAGUUAUCCCUCUGCUGUUACCAGUCUCGCCAUAACCCUUCCGUCCUGGAGUCCUCCGAUCUCGAUGAUGGGGGCAAAAACGGGGGGAGUCCAUGGCCGAGCUUCAGGGAGUUCAGCUUGGAGCAGUUGAAAUCCGCCACCGGCGGGUUCUCCUCCGACAACAUCGUAUCGGAGCACGGCGAGAAGGCUCCCAAUGUGGUUUACAAAGGGAAACUGGAUGUCGACCGUUGGAUCGCCAUCAAGCGCUUCAAUAGAAUGGCCUGGCCAGAUUCGCGCCAGUUCCUCGAGGAAGCAAAGGCGGUGGGGAAUCUGAGAAGCGAUCGGCUGGUGAAUCUGAUUGGAUGUUGUUGUGAAGGUGAAGAGAGACUGCUCGUCGCUGAGUUUAUGCCCAAUGAAACGCUUUCCAAGCAUCUCUUUCACUGGGAGAGUCAGCCGAUGAAAUGGGCAAUGAGAUUGAGAGUAGCUCUGUAUCUAGCCCAAGCUUUGGAGUACAUCAGCAGCGAAGGAAGGGCUUUGUACCAUGAUCUCAAUGCCUAUAGGGUCCUAUUUGAUAAAGAUGGGAACCCUAGGCUAUCUUGCUUUGGGAUGAUGAAGAACAGCAGAGACGGCAAGAGUUACAGCACUAAUCUCGCAUUCACCCCUCCUGAGUACUUAAGAACUGGCAGAGUGACUCCAGAGAGUGUUGUCUACAGUUUUGGUACACUUGUUUUGGAUAUACUUAGUGGCAAACAUAUUCCACCCAGCCAUGCCCUUGACUUGAUUCGCGGCAAGAACUACCUGAUGCUAAUGGAUUCAGCACUGGAGGAUCAUUUCUCAAAGGACGAUGGUACUCAGUUAGUGAGACUGGCUUCGCGUUGCUUACAGCUCGAGGCUCGAGAGAGGCCAAAUGCCAAGACACUUGUGGCUUCUCUGAUUCCACUUCAGAAAGAAACCGAGGUUCCAUCUUAUGUACUUAUGGGGAUCCCACAUGAAGCAGCAGCAGCAGCAAGUAACCAGCCGCUGUCGCUCACCCCAUUCGGUGAGGCCUGCUUGAGAAUGGAUCAUACUGCUCUACAUGAACUGCUUGAGAAAGUUGGGUACAGGGAUGAUGAAGGAAUUGCCAAUGAGCUAUCUUUCCAGAUGUGGACAAAUCAGAUGCAAGAUACCUUGAGCUCCAAGAAAAACGGAGACAUUGCCUUCCGUGCAAAGGAUUUCCCCACUGCCAUUGACUGCUACACACAGUUCAUCGAUGGAGGGACCAUGAUAUCGCCGACGGUGUAUGCUAGGCGGUGCCUGUCGUGCUUGAUGAACGAGAUGGCACAACAAGGGCUGGGGGAUGCCAUGCAAGCUCAAGUUGUGUCCCCUGAGUGGCACAUUGCAUCUUACCUUCAAGCAGCAUGCCUCUUCAGCCUUGGAAUGGAGAAUGAUGCCCAGGAAGCUUUGAAAGAUGGCACCAAUUUGGAAGCCAAAAGGAACAAAAAGUGAAAUUCUGACAUUAGAAGUAAGAAGAAAAGGCUGAUGAUGUACAGACCUGGUUCUUUUCCCUUCUGUUUUUGUUUCCACCUCCUUGCUGCUUAGUUUUUGUGUACCUAGGCUGGCUCUUGUAUGUAAGUUACUCUCAUUUCUUGGUUUGUUUCGAGGUUCGUCUUGGCAUUCGAGGAUUGGUCAAUAUUUUUACUGAUUUUCUCUUUAAUGGAUUCCCUUAUGGCGUGAUUCUCAGUGGCACAGGG